GAUCUGAAGACGUCCUGUAUUCACGACUUUUUAAAUGCUACAAUGCUGUAAACCAAAUUUGAGCGAGUGAAAAUUGAGUAGCUCACAAGAAAAACCAACUGGUGGGUGGUGAGUGGUGUGUCCCGGAUCUGUUAAUGUUGAAAGCAAGCUGUGCGAGAAACUUCCAAACGAAUCAACGCAAUUACUCUGCUUUUCUAGAGAUCUGGAACCCCAAUUUUUAUUUAUACAUCUGACUACUUUACUGCAUUUCUUUGGUUAUUCUAUAAUUUAUUUUGUCCCCCUCAAAAUUUCACCAACUUUCUCCGAAUCUUAACACUCUUUAGUACAGUUUCUCCUCUCUUUUCUAUCCUUUCCUAUCCAACACUUCUAAUAGCGUUCAUGUAAAUCAACCUCUGCUCUCUAUUUAAUCUCCCAAUUUUGUCAAAAACAUGUAAAUUAUCUUCUCUCUUUAAUCAGUUGAUCUUCAAACUUCUAUCCAAUCAUGUAAAUUGGACUUCUGGGUUCUUUCAAUUAAUCUUCAAACUUAUACCUAAUCAUGUAAAUUAGACUUCUGGGUUUAUUCAUUGAUUCUUCAAGUUUCUAUUUAAUCAUGUAAAUUAGCAUCUGGAUUUUAUUCAAUCUGUAAAGUUUUUAUCCAAUCAUGUAAAUCAAAUUCUGGGUUUUUAUAAAUCUGCAAAGUUGCAUGUUGGGAUUGAGUUGCUUUCUUUAUACUACUUCUUAGGCAGAUUACUCUUAUAAGAAAGCUUGAUUUGGUAAUAUACCAUUUACAAUGGAUGGUCUUCCUGAUUUGGAGGCCACUCAAUAUGUGAGUUUAUUUGCUGCCUUGUCUUAUGGAGUUUCUUCGAUGGCUAUGGUCUUCAUCAACAAGGCAAUCCUCAUGGAAUACUCAUACUCGAUGACUCUCCUCACAGUCCAGCAAUUGGCAACUGCUUUGCUUAUUCACAUUGGUCGUGUGAUGGGGUACACGAGGGCCAAGGCUUUGAACAUGGAUACUGCUAAGAAGCUUCUUUGGGUGUCGCUUUUCUACAAUGCCAAUGUAGCCUUUGCCUUAGCAAGCUUGAAAGGAGUUAACAUUCCCAUGUAUAUUGCGAUCAAACGACUUACACCGCUUGCUGUUCUGGUGGCUGGAUUCUUUUCAGGGAAGAAAAGACCUUCAAGACAGGUGAGCCUUUCAGUGAUGCUUACAGCUGCUGGGGUAAUUAUUGCAGCACUCGGAGAUUUCUCCUUUGACUUUUUUGGUUACACUAUGGCAUUGACUUCUGUCUUUUUUCAGACAAUGUAUCUAGUGUUGGUCGAGAAGUCUGGUGCAGAGGAUGGGCUCUCAUCCGUGGAGAUAAUGUUCUAUAAUAGUUUCUUGUCACUCCCAGCUCUUCUUUUACUGAUUGUAGGAACGAGGGAGGUUCCUGAUUCGUUAUCUUUGUUAUUUGCCAAGAGCUCAUCUCUAUCAUUUUUGAUGAUCCUUGCUGCUUCUCUAAUCAUGGGCAUUGCUCUCAACUUCACCAUGUUCUUGUGUACGAUAGUCAACUCUGCUUUAACAACAACUAUUGUCGGAGUUUUGAAAGGUGUUGGAUCCACGACCCUUGGAUUUGUCUUGCUGGGAGGAGUAGAAGUGCAUGCUCUGAAUGUGACAGGACUGGUAAUCAACACUGCGGGAGGUGUCUGGUAUUCUUAUGCCAAGUACCACGAGAAGAAGAAGAAGCUACCUAAGACAACUCCUGAUGUUGAGGCACAUCUAAAAUGAUCGGAUUCACAGCUUAUUCUUUUUCUGCUAUCUUUCAUUCUCAUUCUAUUUUUUGGGUGUAAACUGUUGGGACUUGGGCGUAAGCAAGUCAUGGCGUCCAUUAUUACUUUCAUUGAUGUAUACUUCUUCAUAUGAACCUCAGAAGUGGAGACAUAUCUGUUAUACUCAUUACUCAGAAAAAGAUAUAAAAAUCAUACUCGUAUACGUGUUCUUAAGUGGAAA